GUGAUCAUCCAGGUCUGCCACUGCUGUUUGGUAUUUGUAGCAAAAGCACUCCAUACAGACUGGUGCUACAGUUCCAUGGUAAUGGAUGUGAUAGCCUCACACUCCUUCGAGCUCUGCACUCCAAACUGGUAGCGAAGAAACGCGAAUGGGAUGCGAUCAUGAUUAAGACAGCCGAGGCUUUGCAACAUAUACACAGUGUUGGAUUUCUACAUAACGAUCUAAAAUCGAACAAUGUGUUGUUGGACAAACGGGGUACCGUUCUCACACCGGUAAUAAUCGACUUUGGCAAAAGCCGACCAAUUUCGAAUCCAAUGGGACCCAAGACCUUAUCUCUUGAAGAACAAGUUAGAUACAAGAAAAAGUAUCCGCACAUCGCUCCCGAAAUCGUUGAGGGACGCGCGGGACAGUCCGUCGCGAGUGACAUUUUUAGCUUCGCUAAAAUCGUCGAGCAAAUAUAUCUAAAAUGUAAGUUUGAGGAGCUUCCUCAUUUAGUCACACUAUGUCUUUCGCCUUCCGUUGAAGCAAGGCCACGUUGCGCUGAGCUUUAUUAAACCGAUUUUGGGAAGGGUAGUUAUUAAUAGAGGCUGUAUUUUACAUUAUUGCUACAUGGGCGAUGAAUAUAAGACUUUUAUAAAUGCGA